UCCCGUAAGAAAAAACUGAGGUGAGUGAAGGUAGAAAGGACGCGCACUCAUUUCAGCUUCUCAUUUCUUUCCUCCAGUGCUUGGACUCCAGAGGUGCAGCAGCUGAGAAGCCAGGGACUGGAAGCUGUGGUGAGAGAGAGCGAGUGAGGGGUCAGUGUGCCCGGGUGGCACGGGGUGAAUGCUGCCGGGUGAGCAGGAGGGCUGAGGCGGCAGCCACUCGACACGGAGCAUGGCAUCCACUGGAAUGCAGAUAUUUGGAUUUGUCCUCGCACUGCUGGGUAUCAUGGGCGCCAUGGUUGCCACUCUGCUGCCCAACUGGAAGGUCAGCGCAGAGGUGGGCUCCAACAUCAUCACAGCCAUCUCCCAGAUGCAGGGACUGUGGAUGGACUGCACGUGGUACAGCACCGGCGUGUUCAGCUGCACACUCAAGUACUCGGUGCUGUCCCUGCCGGCGUACCUGCAGACUGCCCGCACCACCAUGGUGCUGUGCUGCGUGAUGGCUGCCAUGGGCCUCUGCCUGGCAUCCCUGGGGCUCAAGUGCACCCGGUGGGGAGGUGGGCGGCGUUCCAAAAGGCACGCUGCUAUUGCAAGUGGUGGCUGCUUCAUGGCUGCAGGCUUCCUUUGUCUGGUGCCUGCUUCCUGGUUUACCAACGAGGUCAUCACCAACUUUCUGGACUCCAGCGUGCCGGAGAGCAAUAAGUUUGAGCCCGGCGGCGCCGUCUACGUGGCCUUUGUUUCUGCAGGUUUCCUCUUUGUGGGAGGGUCCAUCUUCUGCAUGUCCUGCUCCGGGAAGAGGCACGGACCUCAAGACCUGGUGCUGCUGCCUCCCCCUGACAAAUUACUGCUUCAGCAGCAACAACUGCUCCAGCAGCAGCAGCAGGAGCUCCAGCACCAGUACUGCUCCCUCUCCCCUUUAGACAAUAAGACCGGCUACAGCCUGCAGGACUACGUGUAACAAAGUAGCGCUGGGUGCAUUUCGGCUAAAACAAGAUGAGCCGGAGGGGGAAACUCUCCUGGAUUUAUGGAAGCAGAU